CAAAAUGAUCACGUGAUAUGAAUCCUGUGUAGGAUAGUGGGAAGAUUGAAGUUCGCUGCUACGGAUAUUCUGAGUUUUUGCACACACCGUUACGUGGGGAAAGACCAACGAUAUCUAAUAGCCGGGCCUGUUCUACUCGUAGCUGAGGAAAAAGAAGGAUUCGUUCGAACACUCUUUCGGUUGUACAAUCUGCAAGAAUAUUUUUUUAAUCGUGUGCAGUUAUCGUCAAAAUGAACCCGAGUCAGCCAGGGCCCAUCAACAUACUCAAUCUUCCGCAGGAAGUACUCGUGAAAAUUUUUCUCUGUUUUAAUGCCAGAGAACGUCUACGAGUCGCGAGGACUUGCGCAGUAUUUAGACAUAUUAUACACCGUGAUCCGGACGUAUUGAGGAAUUUGGAUUUUACCCCAAAUGGAUGGGUGACGAAAUUGGUAGAAAUCAAGGCAUAUUUUGCCAGUAGACACAGGAUGCAGUUUAUCCGUAAAGUGAAUAUAAGUAACGCAACGUGCGUGAAGCCGGGGAGGAUGUUGAACAGGACGGUUGGCAGGGCAUUGAAUCUUGUCGAUGUUAAUGUACACGGACUUAUAUUCGAGAAUGUUGGAAUUUUGGCAUCUUUUCUUGCGCCCCUGCGACGACUUAGAAGGCUGGUUGUGGAUUGGCCCGAGCCGGAUGAAGAUGUUUACAGGACCAUUGACGUUAUAGAAGGACCGUUAGGCAGGCUCAAUUAUUUAGGAGUAAGAUUGAGCGUUUAUAACGCGAAUUUAUUUCCUGCUGUGCGAUGCUGCUGUAGUGAGCUAGUGGAGUUCCGUAUAGUCGAACUGACACGACAGGAGCGUGACGACAUACUAGAUAUUCCGUGGGCUGAGGAGCGCCCAAAUAGACUGCAGAAGCUUAGAAUUGUUCAAGCUCAGGGAUGGAAAGCGUGUACCACAAUGAAGAGUAAUAUUUUGCAUAUGAUUCCGGAUUUACAUCAGUGGACAGAUUUUCAAACGAUUGGUUGUGCUGUUGCAACGAAAGGAUUCUAUCUUGAAAAAAAUGUCGAAAUUUGUCCUGUACUCGUAAGAACGCGAAUACCACACGAGGCUCCGUAUUACCAUUUUCCUGAUGUUAUUCCGCUUGUAUGGUCUGUGCUUUCGGAAGCCUUGUUGGAACAAGUGAUAAGAAUGAACCACGAAGACGUGCCGUUGGAAUUCUGUUGUUUACGAAGAGCAGGCUUAGGUGCAUUAGCAAACGCCAGUAACUGGCCGUUCAUAUUGAACAUUAAAGAGGCAAAGCGGCUGCUGAAAGAUCCCGAGUAUCCGAUAACUUUUUUGUACUUGGACCAUCAGAUUGAUCCGUAUUGCGAUGCGCAUUUAGUGGUAUCGGCAUUCCCAAGCUUGACAGAUCUUAUUUUAAUUCGAAUGAUAACAGCAAACGAGAUUAGAGAAGCAGAGAACAGAAGUAGGCUACCCUUGAGAAGAUCUCUCAUCAGGCGAGUUCCUGGCGUACCUUUCGGGUAUGUGGAUGACCCGAUGGGCAACACGGAUGGUUCUUUUAAACUUCUAGUGGAAAACACUCCGCUACUUCGGGAUUUAACGAUUUAUUAUUCGAGCGACCCCGGAGAGCCGGACCCCGACUUUUGGGACUUGACUGCUCUGAACCACAUUCCAGAAUGGCGGCAUCUCACAGCCUUACGUUUGGCCUUCGUACCCACCAUAGAUGGAAGAAUUUUUAUCGGUAUCGGAAGACAAUGUCCAAACCUGGAGAUAGUAGUGUUAAUCGGUCUGGCAACCCAGAGCCAUAUCGCAGCCUACGUAACAAAUCUUUCGAUAAUGCUAAGGCAGUGUUCUAAAAUAAAGCAAUUCUCACUCGAAGAAGUGGACGUAACCGAAGCGAUGUACCCGGUUAUGCCGGGUCAAGAACCUGAUUCGUUUCAAUCGCUUGAAUUGUUCGCCGCUCUUGCCUGCAAUGUAAAGCUCCAAAUGGUUGAUGUAUCGCUUUACGAAAGAGGAAUAGAACUCUUCGAUUUGGUCGUAGCGAUGGAAAACCUAUUGAAGAUUUGCAAGGGGUUGAAUAUGUUAAAGUAUCUCAACGUUUAUAUAGGAAAUAAUCCAUCCGAUGCGAAUUACGUGAUCAAUGAGUUAUGCAGAAUAAGGAAUGAAGUCAGGCGUCCGGAAUUGCAGUUCGCAAUAAAUUAUGGAGUUUCUUAUGCGCGCCCAAGCGCUGAACCUAUCGUUGAACCAAGACUUCCGGACAUUAUUUUUGAAGAGUGCCCACGUAUACUUACUAAAUCUUGAAGAUCACGUGUGGGGAAAUCCCUAAUUUAUAACUAACUAAUUUAUUCCUUCAAAAAUAUACCACACACAAUAUAUAUUAUAUAAUGUACUAUAAGUAUAAUACUGUUUGUUUUAUAUUU